GCUGCGAUCUAGGGGCGGGGCUACGAUCUGCGGGCUAGACUAACGGCUGGGUCUAGAGAGGAGAUGGGUGGGACCGAGGGCUGGGCCUGUCAGUAAGGUCUGAGAUAAAGGGGCAGUACGAGGGUUAAAGGUGGCACAAAGAGGGGCCUGGGAGGAGCUGGGAGGCCCCGGAUGAAGAACGCGGCUGGCGCGUAGAACCGGGCUGGGAAGACAACGCAGCCUAGAGCGGGAAGGGGGGAGGUGGGAGGGGACAGGGCAAACAUGAGGCGGAGUUAGGGGCUAGACUGGCGUGAAGCUGAGAUUGGAGUUUACAGCUGGGCCGAGGUUGGACUUCUGCGGGGAAGGGUCCUGUAGAGACGAAGAUCUGGGCUGAGCCAUGUGGGUCAGGACGACAGUAACGAUCGAAAGAUGGACCGAGGAGGACACAGAGUGCAAGGCCAAGGAUUGGGACGAGAGCGAGAGCAGCGAUGUAAGCAGGUUACCCAGCUGGGAGAGAGGACAUCUUCUGGCUGGUGUGGCAUCCAGCACUGAUGCGUCUACCUUCUCCUCUGAAGGUGACUGCAAGGAGACUGACAGGUGCUGCUGGAAACAUAAGCAGUGCACUGGGCACAUCAUCUACCCCUUCACUUCUGACUAUGGCCACCACAGCCUGCACCUGCACUCUAUCAGCCACUGCGACUGUGAUUCUAGGCUGAAGGACUGCGCAGAGAAGAUAAAGAACGGCACCCGAGACUCGGGCCCAACCUGUUCCCGAGAUGUGAGCCCGACCUGUAUCAAGAUCAUCCCAUCCCCUUGCUUGGAGCUCAUCCCAGAGGAGGCGUGUGUUGAGAGGUUUUGGUACGGCUGGUGCAAAAGCUAUAGGCCUCUGUCCGUGGCAGUGAUCCACCAUCCCAUCCACCACGAGUGUAGGGCAGAUGACCUAAAUGAAGAAGAGGAAGAGGAGGAGGAGGAGGAGGAGGAAGAGGAAAGCAAGCCUCCUAUCCCCACCCAGGUGAGGCCCACUACCACACCCACCGACCUAGCUACCAGCAUGGUCACUUGUGCUCCUGACUCGGCAGCGCCCAUCACCAUCUGGCGCUCUGAGAGCCCCACAGGGAAGGGCCAGGGCAACAAGGUGACCAAGAAAGUAAAGAAGAAAAAGGAUAAAGACAAAGAGGAGGAGUCGGAUGAGAAGACAAAGCUGAAGAAAAAAGCCAAGAAGGGCAAGUUGGCUAAGAAGAAAAGCCCAACUAAAUUGGAGUCUUCACCUCCAGACCUGAGGCGAACAUUAAGCCCAAGAGAGUUGGCCAGGAUGUCCGAGUCCAGCCCAGAAAGCAGGGAAGAGAUGGAGAGUGAGGACAGUUACAAUGACCGGGGGCAGGAGGAGCCCUCCAGUGAGGAUGUUGUUGAGUCUUCAUCGUCCAGGAAGAGAGAGAAGAACUCAGUCCAGGCCAAGAAGCCUGGGUCCAAGACUUUGCAAACCAGGAAGGUAAACAAGAGGAAAUCUCCCCCAGCGUCAAACCCUAAUCUCAGUUGAGGCCAGGGCGAUCAGGGUGAAGAAUAAAUGCCAUCAAGCCUGUAGCCAACCCCGCUGCUCUUCUCUCUCCCUCCAACCUGGCUACUUCUUGGGGGGAGGGGUGGGCUCUGGGCUGCAGGGGUUUCUGAGAGGCAAUCCAGCUUUCAAGGAGGAAGCCCAUGGGAAGGUAGGUGGGAGGGAAGGAGAGGGGCACCGCCCUGUUUCUUCCUGACACCCUAGGACCAGGGCGGAAGAGUACAUCUGGAGGUGGGGAGGGAGGGCUUCCCCUCUCUCCUGGGAGACCGCUUUCUGUGUAAUCCACGUCUAGGUCAGGCAGUACUGUUUGCAGUGACACCCCCAAUAAACAGAACCUUUUGACCCACUGUG